AUGAAUCCACUCGAGCAAUCAGUUAAGGAUCUGCAAGCAAAAAAUGCUGAAUUCCAAGCCAUGAUCCUGAAUUUGGCAAAGGGGCAGGAGGAGCUGAAGGCACUCCUUACUAAGAAGGAGAAGAAGGCCAAGAAGCCUGUAAGUGUUCUUAAUCUGGGAAGAAGAUUCCGAGGCCCUCUCAGAAAGGUCAAAGAAAUCGAAGAGGAGGUUGAACAAGAGGAAGGUGCUAGUGGCAAAACUGAUCAAACGAGCAACAAUGGUUCUGGAAAGCAAGACGAGGAAGAAGAGGAGUACUAUGAUGACGAAGAAUAUCCGGAGGAUAAGUACAGACAGUUGGAGGAACGAAUGAAGGCUGUGGAAAUCCAGAAGAUACCAGGGUUAGACUUUGAGGAACUAGGACUCAUCUCAGGAGUCGUGAUCCCUCCAAAGUUCAAGACACCGACCUUUGCAAAGUAUGAUGGGGUCUCUUGUCCCAAACUGCACCUAAAAUCAUAUGUGAGGAAGAUCCAACCUCACACCACUGACAAGAUGCUGUGGAUCCACUUGUUCCAAGAGAGUUUGUCAGGAACUCAACUCGAAUGGUACUAUCAACUAGAGGGUACCAAUAUUCGUACUUGGGAGGACUUGGCUGUUGCUUUCUAUACGCAAUACCAAUAUAAUUCUGAUCUCGCACCGACUCGUAAACAACUGCAGAGCAUGUCCAUGGGUCCGAAAGAAAGUUUCAAGGAUUAUUUGCUGGGAAGCUCAUCAGCUGGUUUUACUGACUUGAUAUUGACUGGGGAGCGGGUUGAAAGUGGCAUCCGAAGUGGGAAAAUUCAGGUGGCUACCUCUUCUGGUGUUACGAAGAAGCCUUAUAGUGGAAAGACUGAAGCUAAUGCUGUGCACAGCCAGAGGGGUCGCAACAGAAAUGAUAGUAGCCAAUCUGUUGGAGCUGUCUUAAUCUCUACACCAACACCUCGACAAAAUCAACAACAAGGAUAUCAACAUAGGCAAGAUGCGCCCAGAAGAAAGUUUACAAAAAUAAACAUGCCACUAUCCCAAGCAUUACAAUAUCUAUUAAAGGCGAGCUUGAUCACUGUGAGGGACCCUCCGAAGACCACUAAUACUACUUCUCCUGGUUAUAACCCCAAUGCGAAGUGUGCAUACCAUUCUUAUAGCCCAGGACAUGACGCGAACAGUUGCUGGGCUCUGAAAAAUAAGAUUCAAGAUAUGAUAGAUGCUGGGGAAAUUGAGUUUGACCCUCCAGAAACUCCCAAUGUUAUUACUGCUCCUAUGCCGAAGCAUGACAAAGCUGUCAAUGCUGUUGACCAAGAAUCUUAUGUUACUAAUGUGAUGAAUUUGACUACUCCACUCCCUCUUAUCAAGAAGAAGCUGUUGCAAGCCGAUUUAUUUCCGGGUUGCAUUGAAGACUGUUAUUACUGCUCGUCGCAGUCAAAUGGUUGUACAAUGUUGAAGACUGGUAUUCAAUGCCUGAUGGAUAGUCGAACGAUCAUGUUUGAAAAAGUGCCUUCUGUAGAAAACUUAUGUGAAGAUCUAGCUCAGAACUUGAAAUUUGAAGACGUGUCCGUAAUUUCCAGGACUCCUGUGAGAAUUCCUACCAAGGGCCCCAUAAAGAUCACUACUGAGCCCAAGGUAGCUCCCUUGAUCAUUACCAAGCCUGGUCCGAUCCCGUACUCCUCUGACAAGGCUGUCCCCUGGAGCUAUGGUAAUGAUGUGUACAUCCAUGGUGUGAAACAAGAAGCUUUGAAUGACGAGCCUGUCAAAGUUCCCAGUCUCGACGUCGACAAUAUUGUAGGGACCAGCAAGGUUACAAGAAGUGGAAGAAUUUUCUCUCCGGGAAUCUCUCCUGGUGCCAAUACCUCAACCCAGGUCUCUGUUUCCGAUUCAACUGCUGAUGUGCGAGGGAAAGGACCAAUGCCGGACCCAGUGCAGACACCAGUGGAAGCUACUGCUGAAGAAGUCUCCCAGAAGGAAAUGGAUGAAAUUCUGAAGAUCAUCCGGAAGAGCGAUUAUGAUGUGAUCGAACAGUUGGGGCACACUUCCUCCAAGAUAUCCAUGCUAUCAUUGUUAACUUGUUCUGAGGCCCAUGCUAAGGCUCUGAUGAAGUUUCUAAAAGCGGCGCACGUACCACAAGAGAUUUCUGUUAAUCAAUUUGAGAACUGUGUUGCAAGUUUGACAACGAACAACUACCUGGGGUUUUCUGAUGCUGAUCUGACUCCUGCUGGAAAGAGUCAUAACAAAGCCUUGCACAUCUCCAUUGAGUGUAAGGGUACUACUUUGUCCCAUGUGCUGGUGGAUAAUGGCUCCUCGCUGAAUGUAUUGCCUAAAAUGGUGCUGGAUAGACUUGAUUCUGAGGGGAUGGUACUAAAACCCAGUAAUGUGGUGGUGAAGGCUUUCGAUGGUACGAAGAGUACAGUCUAUGGAGAGGUUGAGCUCCCAAUCAGAGUGGGUUCUCAAGCUUUCAACUCCUUGUUCUAUGUGAUGGAUAUCCACCCCGCCUAUUCUUGCUUGCUCGGGCGUCCGUGGAUACAUGGGGCAGGUGCUGUGACAUCUACUUUGCAUCAGAAGCUGAAGUACCUUGCAAAUGGCAAGAUCGUCACUGUGCAUGGAGAAGAGGAGUAUGUGGUUAGCCAUGUGAAUGAGUACAAGUAUAUCGAAGUGAAUGGCGAAUUCAUCGAGACUCCUUGCCAGACUUUUGAAUUGGUUCCUCAGGUUGUCUCUUCUGCCAAGCACACUCCUACUGUUCCUAAAGUUACCCGGAUCCCUCCAACCAUGGCUUCUCUGAAAGAUGCUAAGGCUGUAGUUGAAGAAGGUGGUUGUACUGUUUGGGGCCAACUCAUUGAUGUCCCGUAUAAAUCUGACAAGCUUGGUUUAGGUUGUACUGCUGGAACUCAGAAGAAUAAUCAUCACACCCGUCUUGGAGGAUUAAUGUCUCAUUUCGUCAGCAAAGGAGUCAAUGCCUUGGAAGAUGGGGAGAGCAACUGCAAUCUAGACAAGUGGAUCUUCCCGACACCUGAUCAUGGGCUAAACAACUGGAAGACCGAAGAUGUUAUCUCUAUCUCCUUCAACCAGGAGUAA